AUGUCCACCGAGGUCUCGCAGUCACUGGCAGCCGCGAUGUCGAGGCCUCAGAUCGGCAUCGACCGUCUGCCUGCCCGCCGGGUCUCGAACGAGCCGCGAGAGGCUAUGAAUUGCAAAAGCUGUCGCAAGCGAAAGAUCAAGUGCAACCGGACACGACCAACCUGUGAAGCGUGUCAAGUGUUUGCUGUUCCUUGCAUCUACGACGCAGUGCCAAAGAAGAGAGGACCCAAGACCGAUGUCCUCGAGGCCUUGCUGAAGCGCGUCGAUGGCCUGGAAAAGCGCCUCCACUCAGAAGGAAAGAGCGAUGAGCUGGUUGAGGAGCUCUCCUCUGCGAUCCACGAUGCCGCCGACAGCUCCAAAGCCAGCAAAGCCUCACCGAACUCACAACACGCUGUCGACAUUGCGCCAAAUCACAGCAACACAAAUAUCAGCAGUCAGCUGAUGUCGCCCAUUGAACCAAACAUACAAAUACCAGCGCUUGCUCCAGAUCUAUUGCUCGACACCUACUUCGCCAGAUUCCACGGAAAGCCAUAUUACAUCCUCGACGAGGCAACGACGCGGCAGCGGUUACAAGCUAACCAGCUACCGUCACAUCUAGCAUUCGCGAUUUACGCAGUCAGCGCAAGAUAUGCACCUCACUUCGGCGGCUACAAUGCCGCAGUACGAAUGGGCUCCGAGUACGCGCGACGAGCACGAUUGGAGCUUGACAUCGACGAGCCUUCAAUUGAGGCAUUGCAGACAUUGAUGCUUCUUUCUCAGGCAAGCUUUCAGCUGGGGAAAGGCAAGAAGACGUUCAUGCUUCUCAACGCCGCCACAAGCAUGGCAUUUGCUCUCGAUCUCCACCGCGAACUGCCACAAGGCUUGAAAGUCACACCCGCCGAACGAGAGGGGCGGCGACGACUCUUCUGGUCAUGCUACCUCAUGGACCGAUUUGCAGCCACUGGCUCCAAGCGCCCUUCCCUUGUACCAGACGAAUCGAUCGUACUUCGCCUACCAAGCUGGCAGCUGCACCCUGGCGCAAUGCUGCUAGAAGGCGACUACUUCCCCAACGGACAGAACUUGCAAUAUAUGGGCGGCUCUGGAAAGGGAGGACAAGGCAGCAUGGGCAUGCUCAUUGGCAUCGCCAGAAUUCUGGGCAUCACAAACCGCUACCUUGCGGCCGGAGGUGUCAAGGGUGACUCGCACUUCCCCUGGCAUUCACUCUCCAACCUCUCCAAGAUCCGUCAGGAGCUCGACAUCUGGGCAUCGGAAACACAAGAUACAUUCACCUCGAUCGAGGCGUUGUUUGGACAAACCGACAGCACUAUCCUAGUCCUCUCGAAGCUAGUGUAUCACUUGAUACAUUGCUUGAUCUACCGCCCAUUUCUACCGGUUGAUCUGACUGAACUCUCGGGAACAUCACAGCAUCAACCCUGGCAGAUUGAAGCAACAAACUUGUGCUUUCUUCAUGCUAAUGCGAUCGCUGAACUAGUUGAAAUAGGAAGAGCCUCCUCUAUCAUCGAUUGGCCGGCUUUCGUAGGCUACUGCGUGUGCACCGCUGGUACUAUUCACGUACAUGGCGCGCACUACCCUGCAAGGGAAGGAGAAGUAUUCUCCGUCAGUGCAGAGUUUCUCUCUCGGGAGAUGCAGCAGCUCUCUGAGCUACGUUUCAUUUGGACAGGGGCCCAGCACCAGCGAGAGACCCUACAGACCAUUUACGGAUGCCACACCGAGCUUGUCACAUCAUUGGCGAGCAACCCAAUGCGCUUUUCCCCUGUGUUUCAACUCGAGGAUUUCUUCGACAGGUACCCAGGCCAAGUGUUCGAUGGAUCGCACGUCACUUUCACAGAUAUACAGGUGGAGUCUAUCCAUGAGGGGCUUGCGACGUACAACAUCGAACAGCGCAAUAACAUGUACAUGAGCAGUGGCAUAGUCGGUAGCUACCAACAACAGCAGCCUGUGCAGCCUCACUACUCUAACGGCCAGCCUAACAAGAGGCGCCGAGCAACGCACUCCAAAGCAACACCUCAGAUACAAUCGGCACCCCUGCCGACGCCUACAUCUGCCAACUACCCUCUGACCGUCAAGACUUCAAGACCCUCCGAUGCCGGGCUUUCCGACACAACCUCGAACCCAAGCCCUGGCGACACACGGGUCAACGGAUCAACGCAUCCUCCUCACCCACCGUUCACACCACCCCCAAACAACAGCACGAUCAACAUGCCGAGUGCAACUAACGGGACCCACACCAACCAGGCUGGUGGUCUCGCCCUUCCAUUCAGUCCGAACUUCUCCUUCUCGCCACUGCCGCAAUUUGCAAGCCUUGCUCCAUCGCCAGUGCCUCGUGCGGCGCACCUUAGUGCGAACAACGACACCCAAAUACCGCAUUUCGAUCCGAUGCUAAGUAUGCCGACACCCUACGACCAGCAGCCGACACCAGGCGCCGGCAGCACGUCAGGCGCAUCAGUGCAUACAGAUCCAGAUAGCAAGGAUCCAUUCCUGAGCCUACUGGAGCAGCUCGCAGAGAAUGAAGUUAGCCGUGGUGGACCCAGCGAACUGGACUUCUUUUUGAGUGGGCAGAGCGGGUGA